GCUCCCCGUCUCCCCUCCCAGCUCUGCGAGCCCCUUAUACAGUGAGUAAGACAGAGAGCUCCGGCGCUCUACGUACAACACAGCCCGGCCCGGCCAAACAGGCGCUCAAGACGAAAGGCUAAACACUUGGCUACCAGUUGGUCUCUAUCUCAGUCGCGGGCUGGAACAUACAGACACAGACAGACGGGCCUUUGCCUGCUUUGUUCAUUGUUCUAGGGAAUUUCUUCCACCAACGUGCAUUUGUGCUUUUUCCCCCUUCAUUUCUUCACUGCUCAGACGGUAAGUCCGUGCUGCUUUUGCUCUUCUUCUGCUGCUGGCUUGACGCUGGUCAGUCAGUCGAUUUGGGCUGUUAAAGAGUUGGGGGAGUCAUCGUCACUUCCACGAGGGCAAUCACCGCCGUAUAGUGAUCACCAUCAACCUCCGACUACGGGAGUCCGGGGUGUCAAGGAUACGAGGACGGCCCUCGCUGUGAUUGAAACGUCCCUUGAGGAUACUCCAGGAGGAAACACGCCCACUACUACACAAGGACCCCCGAGUCGGGCCCGCCAAUCCCUCGGACAAUCAGCACCAUGAGGCUCGACCAUGAGAACGUCUUCGCCACGGCACUCUUGUCCCUGAUGGUCAUCCUCGGGCUGUCAAUGCAUGCCGGUGCUGCCAAGGUCCCAAGCAGCGGCCGCUGUGAGCAAAUACAGGUGCCGAUGUGCAAAGGUCUGGUAGGCUACAACGCCACCCGCCUGCCAAACAAAUUCGGGCACCGGACGCAAGCCGAGGUGUACUGGGCGCUCCAGCCCUGGUGGCCCUUCAUGGACGCCGGCUGCUCCAACAACCUGCGGAACUUCCUCUGCGGCCUCUACUUGCCCCGCUGCAUCGCGGGGGACCCUGAGCCGCAGUACCCGUGUGCCGAGACCUGCAAGAAGGCCAAGGUCCGGUGCCGGAGACAGAUGCGCAUCCAGAAGAUGCCGUGGUCGUUCAGGUGCGGGGAGCUGCUGCCCAAGUCCUCCCGCAAGUGCAUCCGCCCGGAGCGCGAGAGGAAGAAGCGACACUACCGACACUACGUGCUGUGCGAGAUCAACCGGCUGGCCAUGUGCCAGGACAUACCCUUCUCGCAGGGCUCGCUGCCCAACAUGUUCCUGCAG